AUGGCCGAUACCAUCUGGGAGGGUCUGAUGCAACAUUGGUUGACCCCGCACAACCAGACUAUUGCCGCCAAGUGUUCCACAUCCAGGAACGCUACUGACGAUGCGGGAUAUCGAAAAAACGUCCCGCACACUUUCGCUCAGAUUCCUUUCCCUGGAAGACGACUUAUGAUGGUCGAAGAAAAUGGGGUAGAACUUCCUCCGAUGACGAAGGUCUUCGCCGAGACCCAUAAGAAGAAGAACGGCGAAUUUACGGAUCCUCGGGCGGAGGAGAUCUACAACGCCGCCUGUGCACAGAUCGAGGAGCGCCAGACGGAGCUCACUCAGCAGGCGCCUCCGACGUCUCCCAGAGGUAACUCGAUACAGUCCACCCCGACGCUGACGGUGGCGGAGAUGGACCAGAUCUUCGAAGAGGUUGCCCCUAAGAAGAAGGGUCGGGUUUUAGAGAUGGGAUCCAUCCGUGAUACCCCAGUUGCUAGGACGACUGGUCAUGUCCGGGCAGAGGAUCUGCUCGUUAUCCGUCAGGAGAUCCAUCAGAUGCGGACUCAGUAUGUGACGAAGAUCGACCAGUUGUACGGUCUCUUCGAGAUUAUGGAGGCCGACAACCCGUUGCUCCAGGCGCAGUUGGACAGGUUGCGGGCAGCUGGAAUUACGGACGAGGAGAUGUUCCGGUCUCUUGGAGUUGAUCCUCCUAGAGCCGGGGAUCAGGCGCCGGAAUCCUCCAACUGA